CACAGACGACAAAUCCACAUCCGUAUUGUGUGUAAACUGUAAAAUAAAAUUAUGUUUUUAAUUUUGAAGAAUUAAAAUUUAAAUUUUAAAUGACUUUCUAACUUAAUUACAAAAAUUGUGUAAACACGUACUUAAAUCAAGAUAACGUGCAUAAAAUACAUUUUUUGGAAUGGCGUUGGUUAUAAGAAAAUCAUCUCUUGACAUUUUUUCCGUAGGAAAAUGGAUGUUACGAAGAGAUUGUCGCCUAUUGUCGACUUUGCCUGAAAAAGCAGACGUUCUUGAGAAUACCGAGGGAGAACAAGAAAAACCUAUUCGCCCUAAGCCGAAGUUUAAUAACCCUGUGCUCGAAUACAGACAUGUAUAUCCAGAAUUUCUACCAGAUCCUAAUCCAAAAUGGCGAAACAGCUUACGGGAAAAGAUGGAAAGAGCUGACAUGCUUAAAAGAAGGAGUCAAAUCGAUAUCCCUGAAUUUUACGUGGGCUCAAUAUUGGCUGUGACUAUAUCUGACCCUCAUGCACAGAGCAAGACCAACAAAUUUGUUGGUAUUUGCAUUGAGCGCAAGGGCUGUGGGCUUAGAGCUGAGUUUAUACUGAGGAAUGUUAUUGAUCAUCAGGGAGUGGAGGUCAGAUAUGAACUGUAUGAUCCUAUGAUACAGUCAAUACAAGUGCUGAGGCUUGAGAAACGGCUUGAUGACAAACUGUACUAUUUGCGGGAUGCACUACCAGAGUACUCCACAUUCCCACUGGACAUGGAUCCUGAGAUAUUACCGGAAGGCACACCCGUACCUGUCAAUCCUGUUCAGGUAAAGUUAAAACCAAGGCCCUGGCUUGAAAGGUGGGAACGGCAAGAGUUAAAAGGAGUCUCAAAUAUAGAAGAAUACUUAAAAGAAAAGGACAGAGUAAGAAGGGAGUUAAGAAAAACACCAUGGGAGAAAUAUGACUUAAUGAAACAGUACAGGAAAACAAUACCAGUUGAAGAUCAAUCGGAGAUAUGGAGCGAGGUGUAUAACCAGUUGCAUCAAAUGCGGGUUUCCCGUAAGAAAUUAUCAAGGAAACGCUCUUUUACGAUAAAUAAGCCACAACUUGGUUAAAUUAAUAAUAAAUAUUUUAGUCGAUGAUUAAUAAAUUAGAUAUAAUUUUAAA